AUGCACAGUAUGAUUCACAUCAUUGUUACAUUAGUUGUUAUGAUGACUACUGUUAGUAGUCUUACUAUGUUCAAUGCUACAAAUCUAAUUAGAAAUGAAGACAAAACAAUAAUGAUGACUACAAUAGAAGAAAAAUCAACAUCUUAUAGAGGUUAUUUAUUCUUUGAAAUUUAUACAGCUGAUGAACAAGGUGCUGGUACAGAUUCAAAUAUAUAUGUUACUAUUGUUGGAACAAAAACUAAUUUGACUCGACAAGCAUUAAGAAGUAUUGGCCCAUCAAUGAAUGCAUUUGAACGAAAUCAAGUGGAUAUAUGUAUGAUAUAUACAAAUGUGAAAUUCGAUAAAACCGAUAAUAUUAUACAAGGUAUUGAACUUAUAAAUGAUGGUAAAUGGAUUGGAUCACCUUGGAAACCAAGUUGUAUCUAUCUCAGUGGAGUAGAUGGUGCUCAAACAAAUGAUCGAUGGGUUAUUUCAGGCAAUCCUAUUUUUAUCUCUUUAUUAGAACCAAAUAAAGCAGCAUUUUGUCUAUGGCCGGUUAUUCAAGAAUUUCAAGAAGCUAAACGUUUGAAAGAAAAACAGAAAUUGCAAAUGGAUUCCCACGGUUUUAUUAAUGUUAAUAGUGAACGUAUUUAA